AUGGUCCCGGAAUCGAUUUGGCGGCCUCUGCCUUCCAUGCUCAAGUCAUGGCUCCGCAACUACAUCGGUGGAAAUCUCCUAUACUUCGUAUCCGGAUUUAUUUGGUGCUUCUAUAUCUACUAUCUCAAGCGCAACGUUUACAUUCCCAAAGAUGCUAUGCCUUCUUACAGGGCCAUGAAGUUACAAAUAAUAGUUGCCAUGAAGGCUAUGCCUUCUCUUCCUACACUUUCAGAGCACCUAGUUGAAAGUGGAUGGACCAAAUGUUUCUCUAGGAUCAGUGAAGUUGGCUGGCCUAUGUAUAUCGUCUACCUGUUUACUUACCUUGUUCUUUGUGAGUUUGGUAUCUACUGGAUGCACAGGGAACUGCAUGACAUCAAACUAUUAUAUAAGCAUCUACAUGCAACUCAUCACAUCUACAAUAAACAGAACACACUUUCUCCUUUCGCUGGGCUGGCUUUCCAUCCUCUGGAUGGAAUCCUCCAGGCUAUCCCUCACGUUAUAUCCCUCUUCCUGGUUCCUACACACUUCACAACACACGUAAUUCUCCUCUUCUGUGAAGGAAUCUGGACAGCCAAUAUUCAUGACUGCAUUCAUGGCAAAAUCUGGCCAAUGAUGGGUGCCGGUUACCACACGAUCCACCACACGACUUACCGCCACAACUACGGGCAUUACACCAUAUGGAUGGACUGGUUGUUCGGAACUCUUCGUGACCCGGAGGACGAAUCUAAGAAUGAAUAAUAAGAGGUGCGGUUCUCUUGAUCUUCUUGUACUAAGUAUGUUUAUCUAUGUUUCCAAUGGUGUUUUACUUCCCAGUUAUCAUGGCUUUCUGGUUCUCGUGUUCCUUUAGUGGCUUUUUCAUCUUCGGUUGUUCUUUUUUUUUUUUUAUAUCUUUUUUUAUGUAUUUUGAUUUAGUAAAAGCAAGUGUCAUGAUGUUAACAUGAAGAGAAUGUGUGCUUGCUUUUGGUA